UCGUCAUUACCCUCUAAGUCAGGUAAAAACGCAAGUCCUCAGGUUCAACCUUGCGCGGGAGCAAGGCACCGUGGACUGCGAGUGUCUCGCCACCUUCGAGACACCAUCACCUCUCUAUACGCUUCGCACUGUCGAUCCAGCUUCACAUAGUGUAAUCUACAGCCAUGCACUCUCUGUCUGCUUCGUGAACUGGAGAACACAGAAGUACUGCCUUGUGACAUCAGAAGAGGACGGCGAGGAGCUUGUAAGCAGCACCGUUGCAUGACCGACUCCCUCUCACAGCAUUUCACUCAUAGUGGAGUGGAAUCAUCGGGGUCGCGCUCCUUACAACCCAUCAUGUGCUAUGCAUGACGACGAGGUCUAUCGUAGUCUAUACUCUAGACUUUGUCGAAGAUCUGCAACAACCCAUAUCACCUUCUACGCAGCGCAAUCCGCUUUAUCUCUACAACAUCGGUCGGAGAACGCCCGUCGCGCAGAAGCAGGCCAUCCCCGACGUUGCCUUCCGCGGCGUGUCCUUCAGCAAAGUGCGCGUCGUGUCCGGCGCAGAGACGCGGCGCGUUUCCGCGUCCCUGCUCACAUACGACGUCCUGCGCGGGCUCUUCCACUUCGAGGUCACGCUCACGCUCCCACACGCCGCCGUACGCCGCGCACCGGCCGCACCGACGCCGCUGGACCUCUCCUGCACGCUUCUCGCGGCGCACCGCAUGGCGCAGCUCGUCCCGCUCGAGGAGAUCGUGCAGAGCGGCACGCCGGCGCCGCGCAGCGGCUUCACGCCCGGCUCGCGCGGGUUCAUCUCUGCGUGCGCGCUCGGCGCGCAGGGCAAGCGCGGCGUGUGGAUCGAGCGGCAGCGCAGCAACAUGGGGCGCACCGUGUUCGGGUUCGCCGCCGCGGACCACCGUCCGCCGUGCGUGCCCCGCGAGGCGGGCUCUGCCUCCGAUGGCGCGGCGGAGGAGCGUUCUGUUGCCGAGAUUGACGGCAGGUGCAUAUAUGCGGUACGCAGUUCCGUCGACCUGAGGGGUAAGUCGUAGUAUCGAGUGUUGACGUAUGCAUUUGCUAACACUGGUGUUAUAGACGACCUCACGCAUUGCGCGUUCUCAGAGGUCACAGGCAGAAUCGCCCUGGGCACUCGCCGGGGUCAGCUGUUGCUUCUGUGAUGUUCUGCAGACGAGAGAUCAAAAUGUAGUUAAAAACAAACAUUGUAUCAUACGACACGCUACAUGUGCAACAACAUACUGUGAAUAGCGGUAUGUCGACGCUAUCGAGGGCGUGAGGGGUUGAUUACGUCGAAGUUGUCUGAGCGUAGGAUGUCGUGCAGACGUGCACUGGUGAACGUCGGGGUACAAGCGA